AUGCCGAGGCUAGAUCAGACUAUUGACGAACUGUCCGGCACGAAGUGGUUUACCGCUUUAGAUGCCAAGUCGGCUUACUGGACAAUUGAAGUGGAGCCGGGGGACAGACCAAAGACUGCUUUCAGCUUUCUGGUUACUCCACAGGGCAUCUCCCCAGAUCCGGAAAAGGUUGAGGCCAUCUCAAGGAUGCAGCCUCCACGGACAGUACGUCAGGUCCGUCAGUUUUUGGGUGCCACCGGGUUCUUCCGAAGGCACGUGGAGAACUAUGCCAUGUUGGCGGCCCCAUUAACAACACUUCUGCGGAAAAACGAGAAAUUUGUAUGGGGAGAGAAACAGCAACAGGCCUUUCAACAACUAAAGAACAAAUUAACAACAGCUCCUGUAUUACUCGCUUACUACUCGAGAAAGUUGAGAGAUUCUGAGCGUAAGUUCCCUAUCAUUGACUUAGAAGUUCUUGCAGUAGUGGAGUCAUACAAGCCAGGUGCUUCCCACCAUCUUCCUGAUUUACUCAGUCGGAAGGUAACUGCCAUAGGUUCGGAUCUCGAUCCACAGCAAGUAGCCGAGGCCCAGCAAAAUGACCCGUUGUGGAGAGAAGUAAUAGAUCACCAUAGGGAGAGACGAGCACCCAGGAGGAGGCUUCCGUUUCCUCUGGAUGAGUUCGAGUUGAGAGACGGGUUGCUCUACCAUAAUCGUGUUCUUCAGGAGAGGGUUAUACAGCAGCUCGUGAUACCGAGGUCGUUGCGAGGUAAAGUUCUGGAACUUGUUCUUGGUGAUAGAUCUGCUGCUCAUCCAGGUGUUUUUCGUACAUAUUGCAGAUUACGAGAUCGAUACUAUUUCCCACAGAUGCUGUCAGAAGUCAGAAAGUUUGUUUUAUCUUGUAGGGAGUGUCAGAGGAGGAAAGGUGUGGCAUCUAAGCAGGCCCCUCUCGCAUCUAUGCCUGAAGUUACCCAGCCUUUCGAGAGAGUGUCGGCAGAUUUGAUGGAGAUGGUUUAUUCAGCUAGAGGUCACAGAUACGUCCUAGUGUGUGAGAUAUUAAAAGUGAAAACCAUGAACACUACAAGCUACCAUCCACAGGCAAAUGGUAUGGUAGAAAGGGUCAACAGAGUGGUGAAAGAUUCCCUGGCAACUUUAAUCGGACAGCAUCCUCAAAACUGGGACAAGAUGUUGCCAUACGUACGUCUUGCUCUAAACACCGCUAUACACAGGAGCGUGAACCAAACUCCUCUGUAUCUGUUAAUGGGACGGGAUAGUUACUUUCCAGCCUUGUUGACUAACUACCAAGAGAUGGACGAAGAUGCUGCAAGGAUACCCCGAGGGAGACUACGCGAGGCCCGGGAAACUGCAGUAGAGUCCGCAAGGAAUUCCAGGGAAAGAUGGGCUCGAGACUACGACCGGAAAGUGCGACGAAAGUUUCGUCCAGAGAUCGGUGAGCUCGUGCUGGUACGUAUUACACGACGAGGACGUACGCACAGAGUAGCAGCGCUGGCGCCACGAUGGAGUAGGCCUGUCCGUGUCCUGAAGAAAGUGGGGCCCGUGAACUACGUCGUCCAAGACCCCUACACACCAAACAAGGAACUGAAGUGCCAUAUCAAUCAGCUGAGAAGGUAUGUCCCACGAGAAGAGUUCGUAUUCCCGGAGGCACCGAGGGAGAAUGUACCGGAUCCUGACGAACCCGAUGAUCCCGAUGAUCCUGAAGAAUACCCUGAAGAUGACGAUGACGAGGGAAACGGAGAGUAUAAGGACCUCGCUGUACCUGGCCCUUCCGGACAAGCACCACAACACGAGGAAAGUGAUGCUGACGAGUAA